AUGGAAAUCGAUGGCAAUUCCGAUACUGAUAUUUCUUUUAUUUCUGAUGACAAGACACAGUUAUCUAUCGCCAGAAAUUCAGAAAAAACUACAAAGCAAUGUGUAGAUCAGGAAAUAUCAGAAUUUCAACCUUUAGUGAUAAAUGAAGAACAAUCUGAUGAAAUAAUAAGUUCGAUUAAUAUUGCCACAGCAUUAAUUGUUCUCAAAUCAAGACAUCAUCUAUUGAAUAAUUGCAUUGAGGAUAUUCUUGCUCUUCUUAACAUACUAGGCAUUAAUGUUCCGCCGAGCUACAAAGCAUUAUGUACUAUUUUAAGGAAACGUUCAAAGACACAUUUAACUCCAUCAGUUCAUACCAUCUGUCCACAUUGUCAAAAUUUAUCAUCCAAAGAAAAGCAAUGCACUGCAUGUACCGUUAAAUAUUCACCAAUUUCCUCCGUCAAAAUUCCGUUAUUUUAUACUUAUGAUAUUUUUCAACAACUGAAAGCGAUAUUGGCUACAUCGAAAGAUUUAGUUUUGCAAAAUAAUAGUGUACUAAAAAAAACAGCACUGAGGGAUAUUACUGAUGCCAAAGUAUACAGGACAUUAAUUCAAAAUGAAUCGGAUUCAUUUAUUACUCUUACAAUGAAUGUUGAUGGCAUUCAACCAAACAAAGGAUCAGACCAGAACAUUUGGCCUGUUCUGCUUGUCAUAAAUGAGAUCAAUUUAAAGAAAAGAUAUUCUCUGGAAAACGUGAUAAUUGUCAGCAUGUGGCCAGGACCAUCAAAGCCUUCACGUACUGAGAUGUCAUUACUUUUUAAGAAUAUUGUUUUAGAAUUGCAAAAACUUGAAAAAGGUCAUCUUUUCGAACUGUACUCGGCUGAUCAACACCAUGAUUCUAAAGCUAUCAAAGUCUUUUUAAUUGCUGCAUGCUGCGACAAGCCAGCUCAAUGCCUCGUUCAGUGUCUGGCGGUUCCAACAGCUUUCUUUGGUUGUGGGCAUUGUGAGAUAGAAGGCGAGUUAAAUAUACCUUACAUUGCUAGGAAAAAGAUUUUUGCUGUAGGCAAAAGUGUACCAACAAACAAGAAUGGUUCUAUCGUGAGCUUUGCAAUUUGUGAGAAUGAUCCACUUGCACAUAUACGUACAAAUGAUCGUCACGAUGAGCUUCUACAGCAGCUACGAAGAAAUGAAGAACAGUUGAGUAAACUUACUAAUCGUCGUUGUCGGCAUGCAUUUAAGGAGGCGCAUAAAAAUGCAGCAAAAGGUGUUCAAGGUGUUUGUGUACUUCGAAAUCUACUAAAAUUUGAUGUUUGAAAACUUACACGAUCUUCCAAAAGUACAGGACGCCAUGCGAUUGAAAUGAUGAAUAAUCUAAUGUAUCUUCGUGAUGCACAUUUUGAAGCUCUAACAGGUGGUAUACACUAUGGGAUCCGAAAUUUAAUUUCUCCUUGGUUGCAUAUGUCGGAUUCUAAUUCCAACUUAUUAAAAGAUAACAUACGUAUUUUACAACGAGUGCACAUUACUGAUCCAUUCAUUAAUUUAAUCUUUUAUGGUAAUAUCAUUUAUUAUUCGACUCUGUUUAUCGGCACAGUACGUUUCACAACCAUGGAAUAUUCUCGGAAUAAAGUCGCCGAUGAUUCAUCGAUCAUCUUUAAAAUCGGUUCACAAGAAAACUUCGGUAGAAUCAGUCGCAUUUUCACAGUCAAUAACGGAAAACCUAUCAUUUGUGUGAGAGUGAUUUCUGACACGACUCAUUUCGAAUGCAAAACGGCCACAGAUGUAUUUUCUUAUCCUUAUAUCCAAACUGGAUUAUUCGACAUGCAGGACAACAACACACUUAUUGGAGUUGAAGACAUCGUCGAAAAAUGUGUUUUUUAUGAAGGAACCAAUAACUUUUGCACUUUUUAUAGAUUUCCUACUUUAGAACACUCUUCUUAAGCUUUUAAUUAAACAACCAUCUAUACAGUGUUUCAGAUUAUCUAAGCUAAAAUGCACAUGUUUAUGUUUGUCUUAGGUCGCAGCUUUUCCUCGCCAGU